GCUAGGCCUGCGGAUGAGCUCGGCAGGAUGAUGAUCCUAGCAAUCGCUGACGCCUGAUCCACAUAACAAUUUGCCUACUAGCUGCUGCGGCCUACUUGCUGUGGCCUAGUAGCCGAUAGUCUACCAGUUGGAAGCAGUUCACAGAGCUCUAGUAUAAUAUACUACUAUCCUUCCCAUCUUGCGCUCUACUGCUCUGUGCACUUCAACAUCUCACUGCCCUGCGUGUGUCGCAACGGUAUCAGUAGCGGUGUCAGCAGCAGCAGCUAGUUUCUCUUUUUUAUGUAAGCGGCUCAGUCUCUCACUUCGGAAUGUGGUAGCGUCACUGCCCAAUGAAGGUUCAAGUCUCGCCUGUGUACUGAAAUAAUCUGGCAUGGGCGCAGAGAGGUGUAGUGGAGAGGAGUAAAUGUUGAGAGAGUGAGAGUGCGUUCGGAACGGCUCGGAAGGCGAUCCAGAAAUUCAGUAAACAGGUGUGGUUGGCUGCAAGUAGGGGUUUGCAGAAACCCCGAGUUCGAUUUUGAAUCUUGCUGAGAUUGUGGUUAAAGCAAAGCUUUAGUAGGUUCGGGAGCUGUGAGAUGUAAGGUGAUUGCCCCUUACAUUUAAAUUCUCCCCGUCUCAAGUAUCUGUUUAGGGUGGCUAGUAAUCUAAGCGUCAACACUGCAUUGAACGGAAGCGUGUUUGAUAGUUGAAUUUCGUGCGUGUUUUACUCAAAAGAAACGCUAGAAGAAACGCUAGAAGAAACGCUAGGUACAAAUUUCUGGCUGCAGUUCUGUGCGCUUCGUAUGAGUUCUGUUACAAGGGAAUUGUCAACUUUUAUAAGGUUUGAUUACCAUGGCAAUUAUGGCACCCGCGCCGGAUCAAGCGUUUAUGAACUUGUACAGCAACAUGAGUGGCGCGGUCCCCAUUUUGCACCCUUCUUCGGAUUCCAAUGAGCUUUCCUCAAACCUGGAGAAGAUCGUCGAGCAUUCAGCCUGCGGCAUAUACCCUUACUCCGGACCAUCCACUGCAAGCGCUUUGCAGUACCCUUCAUGGCACCCCAUACAGGAGAUGCCAAUCACGUCUAACUCCAAUUUCGGUUACGGCGUGCCGGAAAUCCAACGAUCCACCCUAAGCAACGACAGACCCAACCCUAGUCAUAGCAGGUUUUCCAGCACUUUGCCGCCUUCGUCAAGGGGGCUAAGUGCGAGCCGUGGCAUCAUGGAGGAAGUCAGAAUGAGGGAUGUGAUUGGCAAGCCGGGGAGGAAUUUGGGCGCACAGAGGCCAAGCUUAUGGAGCUCGAUGGAAACUGGGGGCAUUACCGUGGACCCUUUCAGAGGUGGUCUGGCGUUGCAUGGAGUACCGUCGGAAGUCGACAACUUGGCGCAGAUCACUUCGGACUCUGCGUUUGUGGAGCGCGCUGCAAAAUUUUCAACCUUCGGCACAAGAACUGGAGAAUACGUCCCAGAAAUGCUGCAAAGACCAGCUGCUGGUUUCGUCGCCGCAACAACCAAGUCGGUACCAGGAGACGUUAGGGAGGAAUCGAAAUGCAUUGCGAUAGAUACCAUUCCAGGUAAGCAGUCGGUGUUGGAAGCCGUUGAGGGAGCAUCUAAAGUAACUGUGGAUGCAAUUUCAAAUAUCAAGGUCGAAGCAGCGGCGUUUCACGAGAACACCAACAUUUCUUCCUGCGCAGAGCUGCAACCAGGUAGCCAGGGCGAGAUCUCGCCGGACACAAUCUCACCUGCUCGGUCUACACCUCCCCAGGAUGAACCCGCUUCUCGCAACAAACGGAAGAAGCCAUCGACUAUUGACAAUGAUCUUGCGUCUCCCGACCCCAAGGUUGGAGACGUAGAGAACUCCAAAGCCAAGCGGUGCAAAGGUGAGGACACGAAGUCAGAUUGCAAGGGGGAGCGAUCAUCUAGUGAAAUAUCAUCCGAGUCGGCCGGAAGUCCUAAAGUCCCACAGAAGGAAAACAACCAGAAGGCCAAGGAGUUCUCCAAGCAGGAUUAUAUCCAUGUGCGUGCUCGCAGGGGUCAAGCCACCGACAGCCACAGCCUGGCUGAGCGGGUGCGCCGCGAGAAGAUUAGCGAGCGGAUGAAGUACCUGCAGGACCUCGUACCCGGCUGCCGCAAAGUCACCGGCAAGGCAGUCAUGCUUGACGAGAUCAUCAACUAUGUUCAAUCCCUCCAACGACAAGUUGAAAGUCUUUCCAUGAAAGUGGCGUCAGUAAACCCGACUCAUUCAGGCCGCUUGACGCUUGAAAGCCGCCUCAGCAACGAGGAUAUCAUCCAGUCGCAGUUGUCUAGCAUUCACGGCAGCUCAGACUCGUCAAUCAACGCUGCGGCAUUUGGGUCGCACCAUCUUCAGCAGCAGUCGGAGCUGCUCCUAAACGUUUACUGCGGCUUUGAUCACUUGCAAGCGAACUUGGGCAAUUGCUUCGAUAUCAGUUCGCACCACACCACCAACCCUCCUAUAGGUAGGCUUGCCGAGAUGCAGAGUAUGGUGCGCUCUUUCGACAACAAUCUCGUCUCGCAGUCUUCUGGAUGGGAUGGCUCGCCUCAAAGCGUCAAUGUGCACAUGGGACAGCUGUAUCAACAAUCUGGCCACCUCUGAUCAUACUAAACUCCCUGUGGGUCGCAUGGAGGUGGAGUUUAAUAGAUGGCAAAAAUUUCCGACGCUGUGUCUGAACCAAGAUCUGGGCUGCAGAUAACAAUUUUGAAGAGUCGUGUACAAAAAUUACUAGCUGGUUGCACAAAUGUUCAAAGCGAUGAUGCUCUGCUGAACAUCAUAAUCGAUCAUAUGGAUGACAGCCUUUCAAGACCACGCAACUAUUUUUUCGUUGCCGCAGAAUUUCCAGGGCUCUGGCUUUUGUGUAGUCGAUUAGGUUCCGUUUUAACCUAGAUACCCGCUCAUGUGUGACUCGAGCCUCCUCCAGUAACGGAUGAGUCUUCUCCGGAGCCUUGUACAAACAAUUACCAUCUCUAUGGCAUUGAUCUCGAUCUUUUUAGGGCAUAUACCAAGCUUGUUGCCGGAGUGUGAAUAUAAACAACAGCCUCUUCUAAAAAACUCCUAAUUCCUAUUCGGCCGAGGGCAUUCACAAUAUUAUAACCUACUUUUUUUUCUCUCCUUAAAGCAUGUUAAUAUCAACAUGCACUUAUUUGCA